GCGGCAUGAAGCCGAAACUCUUGGAGGGGACGCCGUGUACGUACCUGCUCGAGACUUGCACACUUAUAUAACCGUCAGUCGCGACCUUAUUUCCCCAUCGUCCGACUUCCGUUUGAGCCUGACACCAAACUCCACACUUAACACCAAAGCAACAUCCAUGAAGGUCUUCGUGACAGGAGCCUCAGGUCUCGUCGGCUCAGCCCUCGUCCCCAAGCUCGUCGCGGUCGGGCACCAAGUCACCGGCCUCGCUCGCUCCCCCUCUUCCCUCGCCAAAGUCGAGUCCUUCGGGGCUAAAACCGUCUCGGGAGACAUCACCGACCUCGAAACAGUUGCGAAAGCAUCCAAGGACGCCGACGUCGUCGUCCAUCUAGCGUUCGACCACGAUGCGGCAUUUAGAGGGGAUUGGGCAGGGGCUUGCGAGAAGGACCGGAAUGUCAUCGCGGCGAUAGCUGAUGCCCUCGUCGCCGCGGGCGGCGAGAACAAGCGGCUCAUCAUCGCCUCGGGGACGCUCGGACUUCCCCCGAACGGCGACGAGAAGACCGAAGGGCACCGCUCUCCCCACUUACCCCGCUACCUGUCGACCGACCUCGCCUUUUCCUACGCCCCCAAGGGUCUGUCCGUCAUCCAACUCCGACUCGCACCGAUCACCUUUGGUCCGGCGGAACCGCACUGGUUCUUGCAGCAGCAGAUCGAGAAGAUCAAGGAGAAGGGAUACGUUGCGUACCCCGAGUCGGAUAACGCCUGGCCCGCGUGCCCGGUUGAGGAUAUGGCGGACCUGUACAUCCGGGCGAUUGAGAUCCCUGCUGGGAAUCUCCCGAACCCGGUCACGCUGCAUGGGUUGGCGGAGGAGGGUGUGCCGCUCAAGGAUGUUGCGAAGGUGUUGUCGCGGAAGCUGGGGAAGGAGACCAAGGUGGUUCCAGUGGAGAAGCUUCCGGAGGAGUAUGGGCCAGUUGGUCGCCUGCAGUUGAUUGCUUUCAGAGCGUCCGCGGAGUGGACGAAGAACCAGCUGGGGUGGUCGCCGAAGGGGAAGGGGUUGCUUGAGCAGUUGGAAUUGUAUAACAUUGCUUGAUGUUACGAUAAGUGUAGCUCUGUUCGAUUGUCGCAAAGAGACCUGUAUGAAUAUUGGACGCCCGCCAGCUACGCUUUGGUGCAUGCCAUCUGUGUAUGCGCAAGUAUAUGCCGCGCUCAUUUGAGGUUGACAUCGGAGACAGGGAAGG